GACCCAAUGCCUAGGGAAAAUGGGCGUGUCCGUUCAGCCUGUCCCCCGUUUCACACACGGCGGGAUUGGCUACCAGUACCAAAGCACACUCACUGUAAAAAUAACGCCGAUCAGUUGCGCUCUGUUUCUUGUGUCGGCUAGACGUCUUGGAGCUUGAGACGUAGUAUAUCUGCUGAAAUUAAACUGCCUUUCUUCCUGUUUGAGGAGUUUGUUGAGUGUGUCUUCAACUUCAACCAGUCAAAAAAUGUCAGAUCAAGAUCAGCAACAACAGCAGCCGAAAACAAGCUGGCCAGAAGCAGUGGGAAAAACCUUUGAAGAAGCUGAGGAAAUGAUCAAGACGGAUAACCCAUUUGUUAAGCAGAUACUAAAAGUGCCAGAAAACUCGCCUGUGACCAUGGACUACCGACCAGACAGAGUCCGCGUGUUUGUCAAUGAGGCAGGAGUGACCGUCGAUGUUCCUCGGACAGGCUGAUCUUGCACUGACCUCAAGAGAAUACACACUACUCCAGUGACCGAGGGAUACUAUUUUGUCCCGCAGGUUUUAUACACCCCACAUAAUUUUGCACAAUUUCAUCGCUUUUUGCAUAGUUUCUUAUUAUUUUCGUUUAUGUUUGUUACUCUCUUGUAACACCUCUAAUCUUCUGGC